AUGCUCUGUCUCGUCUUUGGGCCAUGAUGUCCUGUCUGUGCCCGCCCCAAUUCAAUGCUACUUUAUCAGCACCCAACGACAUCUUCUUUCUCUUUUGUUGUUCUGCUAUUUUAGCUGAGAGGAGAGAGAGAGAGAGAGAGAGAGAGAGAGGGUGAUUUUCAGUUCUGGGUCAAUGGGUUUGACUGGGAAAGCUUCUUAAACACGGAAAAGAAGACUCCCUGUGGUUCUUGAAUUUCAAAUUCCAAGAGAGAGAGAGAGAGAGAGAGAGAAGCAGUGAAGAAGCAAAGCAAGAAACAACCGAUGUGGAAAAUGAACAGAUGGGUUUGUGUUCUUCGGGGGCAAAGAAACGAAGUUUCCACCAUUUUUCUCUAUUCCCACUUUCUUUCUAGCAAGGUUCGUUUUGGUCUACGCUUUCACACUUGUACCCACACCCUUCUUCUUUUAUAGCAUUUGAUCUAGAUACCAGACAGACUUCCACUUAUUGUUGCUUCUCAAUUUAGAAUCCCUAUUCUAUUUUUCCUGUCUAGUUUUGUGUGAAAGACAAAAAGCCAUUUGAAGAAGGAGGGGCUGUCUCGGAUUCAUUUUGGAUCUUGCUCUGUUUUGAUCUGCUUCUAGCGGGAUUAUGUAUGUCAGACAAAGUUAUUCCUCUUUAUUUGUCUUAGUUUUGUUGUUCCGUGUUCAUUAAUUUCUUCUUAUUUUCACUCUCUAGAAUUGGGAAUAUUCCUCUGUAGGUGUGUUUCUGCUUUCUUUAAGGUUUGGCUGUAUAGGCUUCGAAUAUUCUGGAACUGAGGUGGAGUAGAUGUAGGACAAUCUUCUUUCCUGUUUGUGUUUGUGGAUCUCUUGUACGCCGUCUUGGUGAUUGUUUAGUUAUGGCAUUUUCUCUGUGGUUUUAGAAUUCGAUUUCAGGCAUCUGAGUGGGCUGAAAUUAGACGGAUUUCGUGUUUUUGCUGAUCUCCGAUGAAUCCACAUAGAAUUUUAGAGAAUCCUUUCGGUCACCAGGACAAAAACUCCUCGUUUCUUAGACAAUUCCUGGUAUGCUAUGAAGGCAGUUUGAUGUACUGUACUCUGUAAAUUGCUGAAUAAGUUCUGCUGGUUGUGGGGACAGUUGCUUAUUUGGGUUGUACUUGUGCAUAUACUUCUGUGGAAGGUUAGUUUGUUGGGCAUGCUUUUCUGCAUUUGUGACAACUGAGCAAUGAACAUUCACAGGAUGCUUCAUAACUGAGUCUUGGCCUUGAUAUCAUCUCCGCCAAACAUUAGUCAAAGGGAUUUUAUCUGAAAGAGAUAAGAGCCAUAAAAAUUGGGGGAGAUCAUGACAGAUAGUGCAGCUCCUAAAGUUCGACUUGUCAAGUGUCCAAGAUGCCGGGAGCUCCUUCGAGAAUCAGCAGAUGUUCCUGUAUAUAGAUGUGGCGGGUGCAGCGUGAUUCUUCAAGCAAAAUACUGGAGGAAUGACGCCAAGGAUACAGGGUCAGAUAUUCGUGAAGAGAGUAGCAUCCCGACAGAGAAAUCAGCUUAUGGUAAUGGUUCUGAGGAUAAACAAUCAAGCAGCACACGUAAUGAAAUGAUGAUUCCUUCAUCAGAAGAUAGUUCUGUAAAUCUAAAUGGUCUGGGCGAACGGGAGACAUCUAUCUGUCAUAACCCGGAGCAGGCAGAAGAGGCACAGUUUUGUAACGGUGACCUCAACAAUGGGAAGAGCGGAAGCGAAUCUGGGAAUAUUGACGUGGAGGAAAAUGGAGAACUUGAGGAGCCUUGUUUGUCUGCUGCGGUUAGUUCUCAUGAUAACAAUCAGUCAUCUCAAAUUGGUGAAACGAUGGAAGGUCAGCUAAAAGAAGAAAGUUUGCCAAUCCCUGAAGCAAACUCUGUGCUAGAAGCAAAUAAUGGUGCGAUUGACUCCAAGAAUGACAGCCCGAGAACGGUAUCCGGAAGUAGUUCGCAGGUUACCGAAGAGGGUCUAGCGGAAGAAAACAUAUUAGCCAGUGACGCCCCACUGUUGUCUUCUGGCGAACAGAAAGAGCAACUCCAGACUGAUGUUGCAAUUCGUCAUGCUUUUGAGCGGAUGACGUCUAAGGAAACAUUUGCAAGCACGGAGUAUGUUGACCCAGUCUCUGAAUUCAGCGACGCAUUAGGUGACAUGUCCGUAUCACCCGCUGCCAGAAGCUCUCAUGCUUAUGAAGGCAGCGUGUCUUCUUACGACGCCUUCGAAGAUCAAUACCAUGACAGGGAUUUCCAUAAGUUUAAGUAUCCUGGAGAGAAAAUGAAUUCUGUGCCUUCUAAAGAACGGCGAAAUAGGGGCAAGUAUCGGGUGAAUGGCUUGGUGGGUAGAGAUGCUCGAGUUCGUCAUCCAGAUAGGCACUUUGCACUGCCUUUUUCUUCAGAUAUGGGGCUUUAUGCCAUGAAAGGAAGCAGAUGGGUCCAAAAUGGGAUGGCAGAACCCUCGAGCCACGUCCCUCCUAGUAGAUACCAUAUAGGAUCAGAAAGAGAUGAAUUACCGCCUAGGAUUCCAAGGCAACCCGGAGCUGGCUAUGAUCAUGGAAGUCCAUCCAGUCAAGUGUACCCUGAGCAUGACAAGUUGAAACUAUUGAAAAUGGUCUAUGAACUGGAGGACCAACUUAAGAGGACAUGUAACCUGGAUGAGGUGGCUAGCGAAAGGGUUUCUGCGGGAUUCAACUGGAAGGAAAAGCAUAGCCGUAUGUACUAUGAUGGUGGCCUAUUGGAGGAGAGCAACUCUCCAGGAUUAAAUGUACCUGGAUAUCUUAGGAGAAGCGAGCCACGCAAUAAUUGGCGAUCCUCAAAAAUACCCUUCUCCGCCGAGAUGACGAAAAGAAGUUACCAAUACAACCACACCCAUUUGCGUCAUUUCCCUCCUGAGUAUCGACGCUCUGAGCCGUUGCCUCCACCUAAUAUAUACAAUAGAGGCCUCUACGGUUUCCAUGACACUCGGAAUCCCUAUAGUCCCUACAGCUCGUGUGCCUCAAGCCCUCAGCGUUAUAUGGAUGAUGAGCCCUCGAUGGGGGAUAGUGAGACUAACUCCAAUCACCGGAGGUAUAAGAUCCGAGAAUUUAACAAUUAUUUUAGGGAAAAUCAUCAUGUGGUGAAGAGGCAUUUACGUCCUAUAACUGGUGGUGCCCCACUCCUAACUUGCGACCGAUGCUCAGAACUUCUGCAACUUCCUGCAGAUUUUCUGUUUUUCAAGAAGAGGUGUCAUCGACUAAGGUGCGGUGCUUGCAAGGCAGUGCUCAAAUUUUCAGUUCAAAACCGAAUUCAUAUAGUGCCAUAUGUGCGAGAUGCUGAAGCGCCUCCACCUAGCGAGGCCGAAGACUAUGAUGACUCAAUGAAUAGGCGGAGAUAUCCGCCGACUUCUCAUGCCAAUGGUUUUCCACAAGCGGAACCUGUGUCUUGCUCUGAUGAUUACGGACUUUCCAUAGGUAAAAGCUGUUCAACAGAAGGCGAUCCUGCUUUGUCGGCACAGUUUCAUGCUCUAGACGACAGUACACAGGAGAAGAUGAAAUCUUCUCUGAAUCAGUGCCGAAACAAACAAAACAGUCUGCCUGGAAUCUACAAAUCAGCCUGUUGCUCUGGGCAGAAUGGAAUGUCCCCCGAUGCCGAGGGGCUCCCCCGUCGAUCAAACUCACCACUUCAUCAGCUUAUGGGGUAUUGUUCAGUGAGCCAGGUCUUUCGAGGGCCUGAACCGUCAGAUGCAGGUGCAAGUUCAUCUAGCCAGAAAAAGUCAGGAUCUUGACGAUUUCCUCGCAUAGCUUAGGCCUGAGAGAACUGGAACACGAGCAUGUGAUCAGGAUCUAUUACUGUUCUUCGGCGUUGAAUCAUUUCAAAUUCUGGGCAUUAAGAGAGCAAUGCUGCAAUGAUAGUGUAGAACCUCUCCUAUCCAUUAUUUCGCCGCAGAGAGUUAGAUACACUAGAUGCAGAUUGUGAAGUUCAGAUUUUCAGUGGUAGAGUUUCUUUUUUAACAGUAGUGUAUGUACACGAAGGUGCAAGGGAGGAUCUCUCAAUUGAUUUGUUUGUUCUUGUAAGUUGUUAUCCAUAUACCACCUCUACACAUGUACACUGAAUUUUCCGCAGCGUCUGUAUUUUAUGUUCGUCCCCGCCGUGCAUCCAAAACUAAAACGAA